AUGAGAGGGGUGUUCUAUACAUUUCCAGAUAUCGACAGCGCUCCCAUCUCAUCGCAUAUUUGGAAGCAAGUUAUCGAUUCGCAAGAGUGGCACGAUUUGGAAUCGGGCAAGUUACCAGCACCGGAGGUCUUUGAAGCUUUAACAGAAAGAUUCAGACUGGGAGAGGGUGCAUUGGAAGAGAUGAUCCGCCUUUCUCAAGCGGGCUUCGUUGGCAAUGAACAGCUCAUCGCAGGAAUUAAAGAGCUGAAACAAAAUCAUGACGGUAUCAUCGGGGUCGUUCUCGCUUCCAACAUAUAUCAAGUCUUGUACGAUACAAUUCGUGAGAAAGUCAAUAGCUGGGAUAUCUUCGAUCAUGUUUUCACAUCCGCUAGCCUUGGCGCAAGGAAACCAGAACGUGCAUUUUAUGAUCGAGUUCUCGAGUCCGUGGGGGUUGCUGCCGAGUCUGUUGUCUUCGUUGAUGACCGUCCGGAGAAUGUCAUCGCAGCUCAGUGCCGCGGCAUGCAUGGGGUAGUUUUUGGAGGCACUGAUGACGCACUUGGAAAACUCCACGCGAUGUUCGGAAGCCCUGCUCAGCGUGGAAAAUCAUGGCUUCGGGCCCACGCAAAAAACAUGUGGAGCGUGAGUAAUACUGGCAUAGAGAUCCAGGAACAAUUCCAACAACUUCUUUUGCUACAUAUUACAGGCGACUGGGACCUUGUUCAUAUUGGCCAGUUAAAUCCUCCAAAUGGCCGCUGGAACGUGUUUCCUUAUGGGCCCCCCGUACUGACAACAGACACGUAUCCGGACGAUGUGGACACUACGGCUUUAGCUUUACUUAAGCUAGAUGUGCCAGAUGUCGUGAAGCAUAAAUGCAUGGAUGAUAUACUAGAAAAUAGGAAUUCGGAUGGAUUGGUAUAUUGUUAUUUUGACUCAAGUCGUCCACGUAUCGACCCUUUCAUCUCGGCCAACGUGCUUCGCCUCUUUUACGCCAAUGGUCGAGGUGGUGAGUUGACAGCUAUUCGUCAGUUUGUCGAAGAUAUGCUGCGUACCACCGCAUUCCAGCACGCCACUCGCUACUAUCACCUGCCAGACUUUUUCUUGUACUAUGUCAGCGACCUCUGCGCCAACAAUCCGACAGCUGGAGAGCUUGAUUUGAUACGAAAGUUGCUUUGCCUCCGUCUUCAGGAUCGCAUGGGUUCCAGCAAGGAUUCGCCAAGCGCCGCCUUUCGCCUAAUUGCCUCAAACAAUAUGAAUAUGGUUAAUGGCCGAGAUGAGGCCAUUUUGCUAGAUUCCCAGAAUGUAGAUGGAAGAUGGACAGGAUGGCUAUACCGCUAUGGAUCCUCAGGAAUUCUUAUUGGUAGCGAUGGGUUGACAACUGCUCUGGCUGUGAAUGCGCUAGAAGGCGUCAAACAGGCCCACGCUGGAUAG